AUGCCUCUUCAUUAUCUGAAGAAUCCUAUGUACGCACUUUGUCUCUUAGCGGCAUUUUGCGUACGACAGCAUAUACAGAAUAAUAGGGUCGAACAACCGUUAACGAAACGUAUGUCGAUUCAAACACCGAUAUUGAUAAACACAAAACCGAAUGAAGUGGAUUCAAAAAUAAUAUCGCACACUAAGAAUUUCAUAAAUGAUUUUAACAAUAAUUUUAACAAGAUAGACGAAUCUGAUUUAUUGAUUAAUUGCAUACAUAUCAUCGCUAAACGGGCUCGACAAAUCAUUGAAAGCAUCCAAGCAAGCAUACCAAUUUCAAAGACAUUAGAUAUCGAAGAUUCCUUAUUAUCUUCAUCCAACAUUUUUGAUUCAUUUCUAUUCGCAACAAACAACGUUGGUAUCAAAUGGUUGGCUUAA